AUGACUCCAGCGCCGGCGCUGAGUCAAACGGUGUUGGAGGCAUUGGCGCGCAAUGACCAGUUCCACGCGCACGUUUCCGCGCUCGCUGCUGGCGGCUCUGCGCCGGAGCCCCCCGACGGCGCGGGUCCCUCUACUUCCGGCCGCACAUCCGCGUACCUCCGCCGUCUCCUGGGACUCGCGGGGGCGCCGCGGAGCACCAGCGUCUCCGCCAAUAACAGUUCCGCGGAGUCCUCCCCCCGCGCACUCUUCCACGACUUCGAUGGGCGGAGCGGCCCCCCGUCGGCGCAGUCAUUGGCUGCAGCAGCAGGAACCGGAUCGCGAGGGGGAGCGGGAGCGGGAGGAGUUCCCGUGCUAGGCGGAGUAAUGGGCCGUUCACGGAAAGAGCGCAGCGUCUCCCCGAUCCCCGCGGCUUCCCGCCUCUCCACCUCCGCCGAUGCUUCCCGUGCGAAAGCGCGCCAGCACGACCCCAAGGCGCUUGCGCACGCCGCCCUGGCGGCCGUGACGACCGGCAGCACUGGCGGCGCCGGCGGAAACUCCACCGCAAGGCACGGCGGCAGGGAGCGGGGAGACCCGCUGCGAGCGCAGAGCGCGAACGAGCACCUCCGCGUGAACUCUCACGGCGGUAACAGAAGCCGCGUGGUACCGGUUAACGCGUCGCUGAAUACGAGCGACCCGCCGGACGCGCAUAACGGCUCCGCCUGCGCGGCAGAAAUCGUGGGCGGGCGAUCAGGCGGCGGAGCACAAGCGGCGGAAGGAUUAGGCGGAGAGUGUCGGCCGCGCGCGGCAGGAGGCACUACUGCUGGCGGAACCACGACCGCGGAAACCAUGGACGGGGGCGGGGAUGGCGCAAGACCGAUAGCCCUAGGGAACGGGCUUGGGGCGGAAUCGGGAGCAGAAACGGGGGAGGCGGCGGGCGCGGCGUUGGGCUUUUCCGCGGCCGGGCAGAGCGUGGGAGGUAACAGCGCCGCGCAAGAGAGCGCGAACUUCCCUCCCGAGGAAGCGGCUGCAGGCGGAAUGGGCACAGCAGCGGUUCCUGCGGGGACCGCGCGGAAGAGCAGCAGCGCCGCCUCUACGAUCAGCGGCGGGAACUCCGCGCGAGUGAGGCGCAGCCACGACAAGAAAGGGAUCUGUGCCACGUCAUCAGGUGCCUCGACGAGCAACCCGUCUCUCCGGGGAGGCGAGAGCAGGAGUCGAGCCGCCAAGGGACACGGACACGUCUCCUCCAGUGGCCACAUCACCGGGGAUAGCGGCGGGGAUGGUGGCGGGGAUGGUGGCGGAAGUGGCGGAGGGAGCGGCUGCUCUAGUCCACUGACGGCGAGUGCGCUUGCGAGGCUCCCCGGCGGCGAUGUUAAGCGCGGUUCGUCGUCGCGGCAGCAGAAGCAGUCGCGGCUGCUGCAGGAGGUGGAGGAGUGGCUUCAGUCCGCCUCCCCCGCCACCCCCGCGGAAGCGGAAGCCGCCGCCGCCGCCGCUGCAGCCGCCAUGGCCGGGAGCCGGGAAGCGGAGUGGCGGAAGCUGGAUGCGCGGGAGGCGGGGGAGGGGAGCAGGGAUGGGGGGAAAGAACGGCAAGGGCGAGGGAGUGAAAAAGCGAGAGAGAGGGCAGGGGGGACCGAGUACGGAUCACGGGCGAAAGAGAAGGGAAAAGAUAGGGAGAGGGGUAAAGAGCGAGUGAGGGAACGAGUGCGAGAGGAAAAGGGAGACGAGGGAAGAGGAGGGAGAGAGAAGGAGAGGGAACGAGAGGAAAGGGGAGUGGUAGCUGCGGCGGCAGGGAGCAGGAGCUUGGCAGAGAACAAGAAUGUCAAUGGGAGAGGCAACGGCAAGGGGAGCAAUCAUGAGAGUGGUAGUGGCUGGAGUAGCAACAGCAACAGCCACAGCCAUAGCCAGGCUGCGCAACAGCUGAUGCAAUCAGCGCAGACAGUGCAGUCAGGGCAAGGAGGGGCGGAAACCGCAGGUGGUUUGGGGGACGCGGGGACGGGAGGGGGGAAGAAUGGCGGAGCGGGAGCUGCCGAUGGCGCGGUGGGUGGCGGCAUUUGGCAGCUUGUGCGCGAGGACGGGCAGGAGCACAGCCCGGUGUCGACACUGGACUUCAGCCAGGCUGCUCGACCGGUUGCAGAGACAGAGGCUGAGGGACGAGAAGGAAACCGGGUGCCGACUAUACCGCCUGUGUCCGCCUCUGUGUCCUCCGUGCGGCCAUCCAAUGCUGUGGUGCUGCCAGGAGACGUGAUGCCGCGGUCGGGCGUGCCCAUGCAUGCAAACGGCAUGAUGGGGGGCAUGGGAGGAAUGGGGGGCAUGGGGGCCAUGGGGGGCAUGGAUGCAGAGGGCAUGGAGCAGGACCUGGACUAUGUGCGCCACAUCCUCAUAGCAGCUGGCUUUGCCGGUCCGCGCCUCCCCCCGCUCCACUCCCAAGACCGCCCCAUCCCGCCCCACAUCUUCCCUCGCUUGGAAUCCAGCAUCGUCGCUGCCGCAUCCCCUCGACCGCUCCCUUCCUCGGCGUUCCCCCCUGGAAGCACACAGGCAGAAGCGGAGCAUGCGAAGAGAGCGGAGGAGCGGCGGCAGCGCCGGCUACUGUUUGAUGCGGUGAAUGAAGCACUGGGCAGACGGCUGGGGCCUUAUGUGGAGCUGCCAGUCUGGGCUGAAGGGUUACGGGAGCUGCUGGUGCGGCCGCGGCCGGUGGGGCUGGCGCUGCUGCAGGAGGUGUGGGGGGAGAUUCACGACUGGCCUGUGGCGGCCUCGGAGGAGGUUUACGAUAUUCUGGAUGAUGCGGCGCGGCGGGAUAUGGGGAGGGGUGUGGACCGAUGGGUGGAUGUGAUUGAGGAGAUUGUGGGGGUGGUGAGGGAGGUUGAGGAAGCUGUAACGAUGCAGUUGAUUAGGGAGGUGGUUGGGGAAAUGACGGAUGUUGAGAGGCAGAGGAAGGCUCGGCGGAGGAAUACUCCUGCUGGCGGCGGCUCGUCAGCUGGUGGUGGAUUUGCGCCUGCUACCCCAACAAGGAGGCUUCUGAGGUCUAGUAGUGGGGGAGGGCUGUCGGUGCAGGAGUUGGUGGGAGGAAAGAAUGGAAACCCUCUCAAGGGAUUUCGGUGGCUGGGAAGAAGAGGGCUUUAG